AUGAAGCUGGAGAACUCGCAGUCGGAGCUGGGCAAGAACAAGGCGGAGCUGGACAAGCUGCAGACCGACUCGUGGCGCGUGCCCACCGAGCUGGAGCGCCUGAAGAGCGACAACGCCCGCUACAUCCUGGAGAAUGACCGCCUGAGGGAGCAGCUGGACCGAAGCAAAGGCGAACACGGCGGAACAGUUGGCCCUCGUGAGCCCUGGGAGCGGGACCGCGGGGGCGGCGGCGAGUGGGACCGGGAGCGCGAGCUGGGCGCCGGUUCCAAGACCAGUGGCUACUUCAGCAGCGCCUCCAUCAAGUCGCAGGAGGAAAUUGACCGGCUGAAUGAGAAGCUGGAGAAGUGCCAGCAGGAGCUCCGGCGGGCGCAGGCGGAGAUGCGCAUGAACCAGGCGGACCAGGACCGGGCAAGGGCAGAGCAGGAGGCGUUGCAGGAGAAACUGGAACGCUCGCAAGGGGAGAUCUACCGCCUGAAGGCGAAGCUGGAGAAUGCCCUCACUGAACGGGAAAAUUUGCAGGAGGAGUAUGAGCGGGUGCAGUCGACGGUGACCCGGGCGCAGCUGGAGAAGGAAAGCGCCCUCGCCGACGUGGAGAAGACAAAGCAGGACAGCGAGCGAAUGCACUCGCAGCUGGUUAAGCUGCAGAUGACCAAUGAGAAGACGCAAAUUGCCCUGGACAAGGUCCAGGUGGACUUUGACCACCUCCAUGAGAAAUACGAGAAGCUGCAGGCGGAGUGGCGCAAACUGGCGCCGGAGAAGGAGCGCUACCUGGCGGAGAUUGAGGCGCUGAACGGACAGCUGAACGCAGCCCAGGGACAGGUGGCGCGUGCGCAGGCGGAGCGCGAGGCGGCGAUGAUGGAGGUGGAGAAGGCGAAGGAACGUAUUGAGCGAGGCGCCUCCCAGGCCCGGGCAAUUCAAAAGGAGAAGGAAAACGUCCUGCAGGAGGUGGCCAACCAGAAGGAGCGACUAGAAGCGCAACAGGUGGCAAUGAACAAGAUGCACAAGGAGAAGGAGAACUUGCACGCAGACGUCGACGUCCUGCGAGAGCGCUACGACAAGGCGCAGAAAACGAUUGAGAAAAUGAAGCACGAGUUUGAGUCACGAGACGGCGAGGUGCGCGCCAUUCGCGAAAAGAUGGAAAAAACCGCCCACCAGGCGGCGAAGCUGAACGAGGACAAGGAGAUGCUCCGCGUGGAGAAUGAGGUGCUGAUGGAGAAGAUCGACCGCAUGCAGGCGGACUUCAUGAAGGUGCAGGCAAAGAUGGACUCACACCAGACGGAGACGGAACGGCUGCAGAUUGAGCUGGAGAAGGCGCAGAACAUCGCCAGCAAGGCGAAGGAGGACCAGAAGCGGGCGCAGGACGAGUUUGAAGGGCUGCAGGACAUCUACGCACGGACCAACUCCAAGUUCAUCAAGUGCAAGGACUCCGAGGAGAAGAUGCGCACCGAGCUGGAGAAAUCGCUGAUGGACGUGGAGGUGCUGCGGGAGCGGUACGAGAAGGCGCAGAGCGACAUUCGCCGCCUGCAGAUGGAGAAGGACAAGUACCAGACCGACUGCGACCGAAUUGCCCACGAGCUGGAGCGCAUUCACUCGCAGCGGGCCAGCUCGAUGUCGACGCACGAGAAGACGCAGGAGGAGAUGCAGCGGCUGCACAUUGAGCUGGAGAAGAUGUACGAGAAGUCGGAAAAGUCGCUGGCGGAGCUCCGCAAGACGCAGACGGAGAAGGAACGGGUCAUCAUGGAGAAAGAGACGUUGCAGGCGGAGCUGGAGCGCGUCCAGUCGCAGGUGAUCAAGUACCAGGGGGCGGCGGACAAGACGCAGCUGGACUUUGAGCGGUGCCGCAUUGACUUUGAGAAGGUGAAAGACCGCUAUGAGAAGGCGAAGCUGGAGCUGGAACGGCUGUCGGUGGAGAAGGACCGCUACUACAAGGACGCCCAGCGGCUGCAGGCGGAGCUGGAGCGGAGCCGCUUGGAGCGCCUCUCCUCCGCCCAGCUGGAAACGCAGGCGCAUGAGAUCAAGACGCUGUACGUGGAGCUGGAGAAGACCCGAGAACGCUAUGAAAACGCCCGCACCGAGCUGGGCCGCCUGCAGGAGUGCCGCCAGCAGCAGGAGCUCGAUGUGGAGUCGCUGAAGCGGGAGCUGGACGCCAGCCGCAUGCGACUGGAGCGCAACCGAACCUCUGAGGAGAAGCAGAAGGCGGAGAUUGAGAAGGCGAUGAUUGAGUUUGAGAAGAUUCGCGACAAGAUGGAGCGAAACACCGUAGAGUUGCAGAAGGUCACCAAGGAGCGGGACCAGCUGGCGGUGGAGGUGAAGCAGCUGACGAUGCGCAUCAAGGCAGGCGGGGCUGGUGGUGAUUCGGCACAAGCUGCACCAAAUGCUGCUGCUGUGCCUGCUUCUGCCAAUGCCAAUGCUGCCAGUGCUGCCAGUGCAGCAGCGGCGGCGGCAGCCGUCGCCCAGGCCGAGCAGAACGCCGCCGCCCUCGCCCAGAAGUACACUGCCGAGAUUGCCAAGCUGAAGCAGCACCUCAGCAAGGCGGAGACGGAGCUGCAGAAGACGCACUCGGAGAACCAGCGCAUGCAAAUGGAGAUUGAAAGCCUCAAACAGGAAAGCAUGGAGCUGCAGAGCUUCGUUGAGAAGCUGCAAAGUACCGUUCAGGAGCGGGACAAGCAGGUGUCGGCGGCGAACAAGGCUGCAGCGGCUGCGACGGCGGCCGCUGCAGCGAAUGCCAGCGCAAAUGCUCCAAAUGCCGCGGCAGUUGCGGUUGCUCCUGUUCCAGUUCCGGCUGCCACCGCUGCAGGCCCUAACCAGCAACAACAGCAGAAGACGAUUGAGCAGCAACAGGCGCGCAUCAGCCAACUGACGGAGGAGAUCAACCAACUGACGGAGGAAAUCAAGUCGCUGGCGAAAAAGAUUGAGCUGGCCGACCAGGAGAUGAAGAAGCGAAAUGACGAACGCGACCGCCUCCGCUACGAGCUGGAGGAGCUGUCGCAGGUGUACGAGAAGGUAGUGAAGGCGCAGCAGGAGCAGUCGGCGGCGCUGGCGCAGUCCAACCGCGCGGACGCCCAGUCGGCGGCGGCCAAUGAGCAGCGGGUGGCCAAACUGAGCGCCGAGCUGAUCAAGUUCGACAAGCAGAUCAAGGCGGCGGAGGCGGAAAAUAAGGAGCUGCGAGCGAAGCUGGAGCUCUCGCUGCAGGCCAUCAACAAGCUGCAAAGCCAGCUGACGGAGACACAGCAGCAGAAUCAGCAGCUGCAGCAACAGCAGCAGCAACAGCAGCAACAGCAAGCAAAUCAACCGAACCAGCCAAAUCAACCGCAAGCAAAUCAGGCCCAGCAAGCAGCAGCACCUAACAAACAGCAGCAACCAGGGCCACCACAGGGCCCAGCAGCACCAGCCUCUGCUGCUCCAGUUCCUGCUGCCCCUGCAACAGCAGCCACUGCAGCUGAUGUGAGCAAGCUGACGGAGGAGAACAGCGCCCUGAAGGCGCAACUGACCCAACUGCAGCAGGUCACAGUUCAACUGCAACAGCAGGCGACAGCCGUGGCCGCCGGCCAGAACCAGGGCCAGGCGAAGCUGACGGAAGAGGUAAACCGAUUACGCGCAGAGCUGGAGCGACAGCGAUCGGAGAAUAAAAAGUGGACGCAGGAGGCGGACCAGCUGAGGAAGCAGUUGGAGAGGUUGCAGAGUGAAAACAAGGGCUUCGAUGUGGAGCGGGAGCGCUUCCAGAGUCAGCUGGAAAAGCUGGUCGGCGAGUUGAGCACCCGGGAGAAAGAACUACAGGCCCUUAAGCAAGAGGCGGCGGCAACUAAAGCCAAACUGCAACAGCAGCAGGCGCAACAACAGCAGUCCACCACGCAGAACACGGCCGACUUUGAGAAGCUGAAAAAGCAGCUAGACGAGCAGAGCAAUCUUCUGAAGGAGCGUGAAGCGGCGAUGAAGAAGCGACAGCUCGAGGUAGAUCAGAUGGAGGUUCAGCUGCAGAACGCCCUGAAGCAGGCCAACUCGGCAUCGGCCGCCAACAACACCGCAGCAACGGCCGAAGUGGAGAAGCUUCGAAAGCGCGUCGAAGCGCUGGAGAAGGAGAAGUCCGCCCUGGCACUUGAUCUGGUGAAGAGCAAGGAGGAGUGCAAGGCCAUUCAGGCCGAACUGGAGCGACUGCUGAAGAUUAUGUCCACGCUAGAGGACGAGAAAUUUGCCUUGACUAAACAGAUUCAGGACUUGCAAAGUCACAUGAAAGCAGGCCCUAGUGGAGGAGGAGGAGGACAUGGCCAUGGCCCACCACAAGGACCUCCAUCACACCACGGGCCACCACCACAUGGGCCAGCGCCGCCACAUGGACCACCUCCACACGGUCCGCCCCCACAUGGACCGCCCUCACACGGGCCACUAGGACCCCCUGGUCAGGGAGCACAACGCCACCCAGGACCAGGCGGAGAUCAGCAAGGUGGCAGGGGCGGACCGCCGCCACCGCCCACCGGGCCCCAUCCGCCGAAUGCGCCGGCAGGCCACGGGUCGCCCCAGCCGCCGCCGCCGCUGCGACAGGCAGCACCGAAGCAGGGGCCUUCACAACCGCCUACACAGCAGCAGCAGCAGGGGGCACAUCCGCCGGGACCGCCGUCCCAACAACAACAGCAGCAGCAGCCACAUCCGCAGCAAGCACCCGGAGCGCAGCAGGCCAAACAGGCGGCCACUCAGGCGCAGGCCACCGUUAGC